AGGCAAUCGGUGUAACCAUAAUUCAAAGUGUAACCAAAGGAAAAGGAGAUCAUCCUCUCGCUCUCCAAUAUUUAUCACGACCGCAAACACCACUUCUAGCUCUAUCGUCAUGACUAUAAUAUCCGGCAAGCGAAUUAGCUCGUCGCCGGAUUCUGAAAAUAUUUUCGAAGCCACACGACGGAAGAGCAACCUGACUGAGUCGGCGAACAAGCUGCCAAGUAUUUUGAAUGAUCCAAGAGCUUAGAUAAUGUCAAAUAAACAGAAACAACACCAUAAAUAGGCUUAGCUUAUUAAGUACAACAUCUUUAAGAGCAACCGAUUAGUAGAGUGACUUCUGUACUAUUGCCAUUUCUACUACAAGCGAAUUUUCGACACUUGAUUGCUUUUCUAGUUUUUCUUUUUUCCCUCUGACUCCUAUCAGGACCACAUCAAGUUGUCAAGAUGGCGGCCCGUAAACCUAUCGUUGGCGGCAACUGGAAGAGCAACCCGGCGACCAAAGCCGCAAUCGUCGAGCUGGCGACCAAAUGGAACGAAACGAGUGUGGACACAAGUAAGGUGGACGUCGUCGUAGCAACGACGGCCUUGCACAUCCCACUGGCUAUGGAUACCUUGGACAAGGCCAAAUUCAAGGUAAGAUAGAAGUCUGCCAGAUGAACUGCUUUGAUGUGAUACUACUGCCGUAGGAUCGUAAGACGGGUUUUCACUUGAGGGGGAGGAAAACAAAAGUCGUGCACACCACGUCGUGGUCAGAUAUAAAGGACACGAAAAACCGAAAUCACCGUAUACAUCAUUCAGGUCAGCGCCCAAAACGUGUCCAAGGAGAAGGAAGGCGCGUUCACGGGGGAAAUUACCGCCGGCAUGCUGAAGGAUAUGGGUUUAGAGUGGACCUUGAUCGGGCACAGUGAGCGCCGGCACAAAUACGGCGAAACGGACGCCGACUUGGCAAUGAAGACGGAAAAAGCCCUGGCGGCUGGCUUAAACGUCAUUUUCUGCAUUGGAGAAUUGCUGGAGGAGAGACAGGGCGGAAAGACGGAGGAGGCAAUUGAGUUUUUGUUUUACGAAUGGAGGAUAGAAAUCUGAACAAAAAAAAAUCAACUGUGCCACUGGCAAGUAGCAGCGUGGUGGACCAUAAGCUCGUGAUACUUGUUCUUGGUGGACAACUUCAACAUAGGCGACAGUGCAACUCUCUUCCAAAAUAAGUCUCAGCUUGAAAUGAUGAAAUGAAAUAAAAUUAUAUACAGGUCUGCAAGACCCAGCUUCUUGCGGUGAUUCCGAAGAUCACCGAUUGGUCCAAGGUAGUCAUCGCUUACGAACCGGUCUGGGCCAUUGGUACCGGCGUGGUCGCAACCCCGGAACAAGCGCAGGACACACAGAAAGCAUGCAGGGAGGUACUCUUAUUUUUCUAUGUUUUUUAUCUCUCUGUGUCCGUGCACUUCCUUGUACUUUGUCAUCACUCUACUUGAUCAUCGUGAUCUUCGAUGCAUGGCAUAGAAAUCCGUCCUGUAGUUUAUUACAUCAUCACGCAUGGCAACCUGAACCUUUGCAAAAAACCAGAUCAUCGCUGAGGCCGCUGGCGCCGACGUGGCUGCUGCGGUGCGCAUCCAGUACGGAGGCUCUGUCACUCCGGACAACUGCGCUGAGCUGAUGUCCUGCCCGGAUGUGGACGGAUUUUUGGUUGGCGGCGCGAGCCUGAAGCCCAGCUUUAUGGACAUUGUGACGACGGUGGAAAAAAGUGUGGCAUAAAAUGUAGAUGUACCUUUUUUCAUGUUCGAAAAUGGUACGAUGAACCACAUGAAUUUGUGAUCAAGCAUUAUGCCAUAUUGAGUUAUAUCAGAACUCCUCCGGCGUUCACGCUGCAAAGCAGCAAGUUGCCUUCUUGUGAACUCAUUGUGGACGAGAUUCAUAACUGUCGUUCAUGUCGUGCUCGUGACGUGCAGGCGCAACAUGUAAGGGAAAUGAAACAUGGCCGACGUUAUUUAUGAUUACACUGUACCUCUAUUGAUGUACUCCACUUAUUUCAACAGCGAUUCUAUUGCCAUUACAAUUUAGGAGAAAGCCGCUCUUUGAUGCGGAUGCAGAUAAGAUCCAAAUUCACAACUAUACCGCCGUCUCUAAUUAUCGGGACCAAAGCGAUUGCCAGCUUUUGCCUCUCAUCCUUCGAACGCGCUCAAAAAUCUGGCAAGGAAGUAGAUAGAGUUCGAAUAACAAAAAAAAGAUGAGCAGUAGGUACUUGUUGUUUCACCCCGCUUAUAUUGAUUGCCCACAUCAAGUUUUGUUGAUACCAUCGUGGUAGUAGUACUAGCGCGAUGUUGUCCCCCACACUUCUUUUGGUGAAAAACACGCCCACCCCACCUCAGAAACGCAUUUUCCUCGUUGGAUCCAGUAAAUCUUACUCUAAUACGCAAGUCGGUUCUUCGUCUCGUGGCCGGAGGACGAAAAAGAUACGCAGAGGAAAAGCGCAACCACAAAAAGCCUGAUAUAGCCUCCUCAAAUAAUCUCACACGAAAAAUAGUGUUCGGAGAUAAAAAUAAAC